UUAUUUCCGUUUUCUGCAGCGUCGUUGGCACCGCCUUCUUCAGUAAUGAAAAAACACUCAGACUCCAUUUUGAUUUGAAAGAAGUCGUCCCUUUCGGCAGCUAGUUUAAGAAAAACGACGACAUACAUCAGAGGCUACUUUAAGAAAACAUAUCAAGCCAAAGCAUCAACAUGAGUGGGUGUCGUAUUUUCAUCGGCCGAUUGAGCCCUUCCGCCAGAGAGAAGGACGUGGAGAGGUUUUUUAAAGGAUACGGCCGCAUCCGAGACAUCGACCUCAAGAGAGGAUUUGGGUUUGUGGAGUUUGACGACCCCAGAGAUGCUGAAGAUGCAGUGUAUGAGCUUGAUGGCAAAGAGUUGUGCAGUGAAAGGGUGACCAUUGAGCACGCCCGCGUUCGUCUGAGGGGCGGUCGUGGCAGAGGAGGUAGUAGUGGAGGAGGAGGAGGACGUUUUUCUGAUCGCUAUGGUCGUGGCUCUCAGAACAGCAGGAGUCGUAACCCUCCUCCUAUGCGGACUGAAAACCGCCUGAUUGUGGAGAAUUUGUCAUCUCGAGUCAGCUGGCAGGACUUGAAGGAUUUCAUGAGACAAGCUGGUGAGGUGACAUUUGCAGAUGCACAUCGUCCCAAGCUCAACGAAGGGGUGGUUGAGUUUGCCUCUUACAGUGACCUGAAAAAUGCCCUUGAGAAACUGUCUGGAAAGGAAAUCAAUGGCAGGAAAAUCAAGCUGAUAGAGGCAGCCAAGAAGAGGUCAAGGAGUCGUUCCCGAUCAGAGAGUUCCUCUCGCUCAAGAUCCCGCUCUCGUGGCCGCUCCAUGUCCCGCUCCCCCAAACGCUCACGCAGCCCAGCCAAGGCCCACAACCGCUCCCGUUCCCGCAGCGGCUCCCCCACCCGUAGCAUUUCACCACCAAAAUCGAAGGAGCCCAGCAAGCACUCCUCCAAAAUGAGCAAGUCGCCCUCUCCUCUGCCCCCACGAAGAGCAUCCCGCUCCCGUUCACGCUCUCGCUCACGAUCCCGCUCUCGUUCUCCCUCGACCGACAGCCAGCGCUAAGAUUAAAAAGUGUAAGAGAAGAAGCAUCAACUUGUUUUCAGCGUUAGCUCAUUCUGAAUCCUGCUGACGACAGAGAUGGGAGUUUUUCUUCAAAUCAGGUUUGGUUCUCUUUUUUUCAUGUCUUUUUUUUAUUAUUAUUUUUGAACAGAGCUGCUGAGUCACAGUGGAAAAAUUAAGUUCAAUAAAUCCAAUUCAGAAUGCUGAUAGUGUCCUCAACAUAGUACUAAGAACUUUCGUUAUUAUGAACUAAUUGUUUACAAUGACUACCGGGGUUCGAUGGUACCAGGAACCUUCAUACAUUAAUAGUGAUGUAAGAAAAGUUCUUUGACCAAUCAGGCUGCACACAGUUCCUGUGCUACCUGAAAGUUUCUGCUUUAUUUUAUGGAUCAUGUAAGUCCACGCCCCUGCAUUUGGAUAUCCUGUUUUUUUUUUAAGCGUGUUUUCAUGAUGUAUUACAUCUCGCAGCCACUGCUCUGUGAUCUGUAUAAUACUUUGGAGGCUGUGCAUAUGCAUUUCAUUCAAAAUUUAAAACCGUUAUAAUUUUGUGUCAUUUCACAUUUGAGGUAAGAAGUCAUUAGAACUGAUAUUUACAGCUAUAGUUUCAAGAACAUUUUUAAUACACAACUAAAAAGUGCAGAAAUUGGGAUUUAGAAAAUGUUCCAUUUUGUCGUAAGGACAAACUUUUAUUUUGAAAGUAAAUAAUUCAAGUUUUGUUAUGAAUGUUAUAUUUCUCUAUGCUUGUUUUACUUGGUUAUAUCAGCGUUUAGUUCAAGGAUAUUUUUGGGAAAUGUGACAAAACCUUUUUGUAAAAAUAAGGAAUUUCCUCUUUAGUUUUAAAAAAAUUGUUUGUACACCAUAGGUAGAAAGUGGACUUAAAUAAAAUACAUUUUGAACUGG